GGAUUGCAUAGCAGGAACAAGAAAGCCAUGGAGUUCAUUGCCAAAGGCUGGAAUGCUUUGAAGGAGGUUGAUAGAGUCAUUGACUAUUGUGAGCUUAACGAUAGGCGUCUCAUCCCUCUUCUUAAUACAGCAAAGGAGAAUUUCGAGCUUGCUUUGGAGGUGGAUAACACCAAUACUCAUGCUAGGUAUUGGCUGUCCAGAUUGCAUAUGAAAUACCAUGUUCCUGGAGCAAAUAAGAAUGAUGAUGUCCAUUCAGAUCAACAAGCUUUCUAUUAUUUGGAGAAAGCUGUGGACCAGUUGCAUCCAGAUGCUCUUUACCUUUUCGGUGUUGUAUAUUUGACUGGCGACUGUGUUAAGAAAGAUAUUGCCUCGGCAUUGUGGUGUUUCCAUAGGGCAUCAGAGAAGGUGUUAAAAUUCCAGAACCAAUAAUAAAAUUCAGUUUGAAGAGAGGUCCGGUUGGUCAAAAACGAGGAAAGAGCAAAGAAAAUAUUGGUAUUGAUCCAGUAGAGAUGGUAAAAGAAAAAUUUCAAAUAGCUGCAAAAGCAGGAUGUGAUCUUGGAAUCAAAUGGCUUGCAAGGUUGGAGGAGGAAGAGAACCGGUUACUCACCCAACAAUUUUAAAUUGUGAAAAAUUAGAUGAAUAA